CACUGACUGGACUGCAUGCGGGCAAAAAUGAAUCCCAGCGUUCCCAGCAACAGCAACAAAUAACGAAUUUACCUUUGUAUAGAAAACGAACAGCAUGGAGGAACACUGUUUUAUCCAUCUUUCGAUUACAUUGUCAUUUCUCCUGUUUUCGUUAGUAUAUCGACUUUCGACUGAGCGGACCAAAAUGGAUUACUGACACUACUUCCAGUAUAUCCUCUGAUCGUUAGCUGUUGCUGCGUGAAUCUGAUGACACGCAAACAAAACAAAAACAUUAUGUCAACGUCUUCUGACUCUUUGUUGUGUUUUCAGCACUGUGAGAAAGUGAACAUAUUCUGCUUCAUGGUACCAUACAAUUGUCCUAAAUGCAGAAGUGACUUGUCUGGCACAGACAUGGCUAUACCACCUUUUCGAAUACCAAAUCCCCUUACAUGUGAACCAAACAACUUUAGCCUGGUAAUAAAGCCAACAUUUGGGAGUUUCAUAAGGGAUUUCAAACGAGGUGAUUUGUUGCACAUAGCACUCUCCAACUCAAAGAGCAUAAUUUUUGAAUUCAAUGAAAAUGGAAUAAGCUCUUCCAGUGCUAGUUCACAUUUGAAUUGGACAAAUUUUCUUUGCAUCAGUCUUUCUGCACUUCCCUACAGAUUUGAGGAUUUAGAUGAAAUUCUGGAGACUACCAAGGUCAUGGAUAUUUGGGCUGCAGAAAGGUAUGAUGACCUACACAACAACUGCUUCGAUUAUGUGAUUUCCGUGUUAAAUGCGUCUCUACAGAAUUCCAGUUUCAAAUUGACGAAGCUUCAAUUGACUCAAGACGUCAUUUCUCCAGCAAUCAAUAAAACUAUUCGUUUACUUUCUAUCAUCAGAAACGUAUUAGAUAAUGGUUUUUUCCUCCAAAGAACUCUUGCCGAGCCGGCGGUAAGCAGUUGAUGUCCUAAUAACAACAGCCUGUCUACCACAUCUAUACCGUCUACUCAUCUAGUUACUGAGAGAUUCUUCUUGUGACUUUCACGACCAUGGGUUUAAUUCAUCUUAUUUGGUCUUCCAACGUUUUACAAAAUCAUCAAACUCACGCUGACUCCUGCCUACCAUCCAUAGUGAAGAGUACUGAAUGCCGGUUGUUUCCAAUAUCUCUAUGCGGUCUUUCACGGUGUCAAGUUUUUGGCAUAAAAUUCGCGGAGUCAUUAUAACAAGGCCGGGAUCUAUACAUUUCACUAUGAAAAGAGAGGAAGUUAACCACCGAUGUUUUAGUUUUUUUUUAACAUUGCAGUAUUGGACAAACUUGAUUUCUUACCUACUAACAAGUAGUCGAUAUUUGGCUUAACCUUCCGUAUCGUAGCCCGUUGUAAAUUGGGAAAAACUUUCAUCAUCCUUUCAACAACUGAAAGCUCACAUUUCAACCGUGUCAUCAAGUAUGAAGAUAAAUUAUUAUCAUAUUCCAUGUCCUGCUUCUCUUCCCAAUAUUCCUCAAUAUAGCUAUAAGAAAAUGUAA